AUGUUCUUCAACUUCCUCUCACCGUCCUCCAAAAAUCGCCCGAUUUUACCAAAAACAUUUUCAUCCUCGCAGGAGGGAAAACGUCGGUUGGACUCGAUCCAGCAACAACGCCUUGGCAAUGAGGGAGUAAAUCUCUCUUCGUGGGAGUCUUCCAAAAGCAGCUCUCAGACGAUGCACAUGCUACCAGACUCAUCCAUCUCCUGCCAAAUUUGUUCCAAAGUUUUCCGUGGGGAAUACUGCAAGUAUAACCUCAAGAAGCACAUCACCAUUCAUUUUGGAAUAAAGCCGUUCUCGUGUCCCUUGUGUCAGCGCACCUUCAACCAAAAGUCAUCUAUGAGGCGCCACCUAACUUUCGUUCACAAUACUGAUCCGGAUAAUUUAUCCUCGUCAUCGCAAAACUUCGUUGCGGUCAAUGAAGUGCAGAGGAACGUCAUGUCCCUCUCAUCUGUUACCGUUGAAAAUGCUUCCGAUGUGCAUUCUAGUUCUGUAGAUCCUACUGGCACCGAAGACAGAAACGAAACGAACCUCGAUGAGCCACCGUCUCAUUCUUAG